AUGGAUAGUUUUAUAGAUGAUGAGAUAAAUUUAAUAGACGAGAAUGAACCAAUAUUAAUAGAUAUACAAGACUUAAUAAAUGUGGGAAAGGUUCCAAAAAAGAAAGGAAAUGGACACGUGGUUAAAAAUUAUGAAAAGAAUAAUGAAAAACUAAAUAAGAAUAAAAUAAUAAAUGAGUAUAGCAAUAUAAAUAAUAAAAUAAAUAAUUAUAAAAUGAAUCAUAAUUAUGGAAAUAAUUAUAAUACAUAUGAUAGUGAGAUAGAAGAUUAUAACGAUAAAGAUUUUUUAAUUUAUAAAGAAGGGAAUUUAAAAAAGGGAAAGGAUAAAAAAUUGAAAGAAUACUCAGAAUAUUCUAUAUCUCAUAUAAGUAACAAUAUAUAUAAUAGUUUUAAAAAGAAUUAUGAGAAAAUCUUUGAUAAAUUAAAAAAUAUAUAUAUAUUAAGAAAAAAAAAAAAAAAAAAAUCAGAUGAUAAAUUUAUGUAUUAUACAGAUGAUAUAUCUGAUGAUUUUUUUCAUAUUUUAGCUAGUCGUUUAUAUUAUUCCAAAAUUACUACUUAUAUAUAUUUUUUAGUGAUCAUAUUAAAUCUUAUUAUUUUAAUAUAUACAAUUUUCACGAAUGUUUUAAAUAAAUAUGUUGUUUGUGCAGAAAUAUUUGUUAUCUUUAUGUUAUUUUUUGAAAUAUUCUUAAGAUUAUUAACCGAGGGUACUUCAUACUUUUAUCAUUUUGAUGGUCUCUUUGACGUUACAGUGUCAUUCAUUUGUCUUUUACUUUUAUUAAAUAGUGGAGAUUUUAAAAUAUUCUUUUUAGAAAAUAAAAUUGUUAAAACAAAUAAAAAAGAAAUAGAAGAAAUAAUAUCACAAAGUCUAACAGUCUUAAGAUUUUCUUUUCAAUUAUUUCGGACAAUAACAUUUUUUAUGCAUUAUAAAAGAACAAAGUUACCAACGGACAACAUUGAUUUUUCCUUGUUAAAUUUACCCAGGGAUGAUAUUUGA